AUGGACAGGGUGGGGGAGACUUCCGGGCAAAGGUCUGGCCAGGCGCCGGCGCCGGCAAAGUAUAAGGGGGUGCGGCUGCGGAAGUGGGGCAAGUGGGUGGCGGAGGUGCGGUACCCCAAAAGCCGGAAGCGCCUUUGGCUGGGGUCGUUCCCGUCGCCGGUGAUGGCCGCCAGGGCCUACGACGCCGCCAUGCUCUGCCUCCGCGGCCGCGCGGAGCAGCACUACUUCAACUUCCCGGACCAGCUGCCGGACAUAGCGGCGCCCGAGGGGAUGAGCCAGCCCGAGAUAAAGGAAAAGGCAGUGAGGUACGCGCGAGAAUGGGGGAGGUUAUCGCAGGCGCCUGCGCCUGAGAGGGGCGGCGGCGGCGGCGGCGAGGAGGCUGCGAAGAAGGACGGAGGCGGAGAGGGCAACUCAGGGAUUCAUGAGGUGUUGCCGCCGGAUUUUAUCUACGGCGAUCCAUUGGCAUUGUACGACGCCCACUGGAGCGUAGCCGAACAGGAUUACUGGAGAGACGACGGCGGCGAUAACGAUGGAGAUAUUUUGGAUUCGAUCCCACUGUGGAACUUUGACUGA